CACCUCAGCCGAGCAGCGAAACUCCCUCCGGUCAACACUGAACUGGUCCAGCGGACGGCAGCGAGGGAAUAUACGGCUCUUUAACGCUCAGGGACCGCGAACAGACGGGGGGUUGUGAACUUCCAGAUGAAGCGUACUUUUCUGUGCAGGUACGGAGGGGCUUUCACAGGGUACCUGCGUUUCUGAAACGGCAAACUUUCAUUCGCUUUCGCACUUUUAACUCCUGCGACUCGCUCGUCUCGACACCCUGUUUUUUCCUAAGAUUAAUACCCGUUUGUCGUCUUCCAUAUGUUUCUGGCGUCUUUUUUUAAUCGCUAUUGUUUUUCGAUAAAAAAGCGGGUAGGUAGACCGUGUAAGCUUCCCUGAGACCUGCACAGGUUGUGUAGUUAAGUUCCGCUCCUUCUCACUCCGACUCCCACCCCGACUCCGGUCUGCGGAGCACCCGCCGGUGAGACGCCGCACACCGAGUUGAGACAUGGACGGACCGCGGCGGCAUGGCGCAGCUACCCGGGGAACACCGGCCGCGGUGACGGUGUACGCGGCGGGCAUCCUCUGCCUCCAAGUCCUGUCCACCCAGGCUGCUGCCAUCCAGUUUACCAAGGAGCCCAAGUCCCAGGAUGCCUUGCACGGCCGCAGCGCCAUGCUGCGCUGUGAGGUCAGCGAUCCAGCUGACAUCCGUUAUGGCUGGCUGCACAACGGUCAGCCUCUGGAAAAUAACGAGAGGCGCUUCCAGGAAGGUGGCAAUCUCAAAUUCACCGCUGUGGACCGCAGGCAGGACGCGGGGAACUUUGAAUGUUUGGUCCACAACACGGUCACGGGAGAGGAGCUCCACUCAACCAACGCAUCCUUCAAUAUCAAGUGGCUCGAGAGCGGCGGUGUGACGUUAAAGGAGCCGGCCACUGAAGAGGAGAUCGAGAGCUCUGCGCAAGUCACGUUGCGCUGUCAUAUUGACGGGCACCCACGGCCAACAUGCCAGUGGUUUAAAGAUGGGAUGAAGUUGACUGAGAAGACCCAUCAGAUUAACAACAAGGAGAGAACCCUGACCUUCAGGAGUGCCACCCCAGACGAUAACGGCCUCUACUACUGCUGUGCCAAGAAUGCAGCUGGGCACGUCUGCAGCAAUGCCAACUUCACCCUCAACAUCAUCGAUAAGAGUUUUCCGAGGCCAGUGGUCACUCCUGAGGACCAGGUGGUGCUGAAGAACGAGGAGGCCGUGUUUCACUGCCAGUUCACCGCAGAGCCCGCGCCCACCGUGGAGUGGCACCACGACAACGAGCUGCUGGCCAACAAGUCUCGAGUCUUCCUCCUCUCCAAUGGCUCGCUGCUCAUCACCCAAGUCAAGCCCAGGAACAUGGGAGUCUACAAAUGCGUGGGUCGCAGUCCACGGGGACCCCACGUCACACUGGAGGCUUCCCUAAUCAUCGCAGAGAUAGAGGACAUGGUGCCCAAGCUGUCAAAGGUCUUCUCGGCAGAUACCCUGCAGCGUGUAGCUUGUCGCCCCCCACGGGGCAAGCCGGAGCCAGAGGUUUGGUGGGAGAGGGGCGGCCAGCGUGUCCCCUCUGAGGGCAGGGUCUACCAGGAUGGCUUGGACCUGGUCUUCAGCCCCACAGAGGAGGGAGACUCCGGCUCGUAUACCUGUGUGGCCCAGAACAAGGCAGGCCGGAAGACCCAGGAGGUCACCUUCACAGUGGCCACUGCCCCAGUAUGGGUGACAAGGCCCCAGGAAAGCCAGUUGGAGGAGGGAAAGCCAGGUUAUCUCCACUGCCAUGCCCAGGCCAACCCUGAACCAGAGGUCACCUGGUACCGCAACAAUAUACCCGUCAAUCCAGACGAUACCCGUUUUAAGCUGCUCCCCAAUGGUACCCUGCGCAUCAACAGUGUGGAGGUGUAUGAUGGACUGGUGUAUGGCUGCGAGGCCAAGACUGAGGGGGGCAAACUGUCCGGGCAAGCAAGAGUCUAUGUACUGGAGAAGCUGAAGUUUACCCCGACCCCACAGCCUUCUCAGUGCCUGGAGCUGGAUAAAGAGAUCACCAUUCAGUGCUCAGCAAAAGGCAGAGAGAUCCCCACCAUCCGCUGGACCAAAGCAGAUGGAGGAGAGCUACCACCUCACGUGGAGCAGAGGAACGGCCAGCUCCACUUCACCAAAGUCACCAGAAGCGAUGCCGGUAACUACACCUGCAUUGCCUCUAACAGCCUCCAGGGAGAAAUCAGAGCCUUGGUCUCCCUCACUGUUGCAGUGUACAUCCUCUUUAAACUGGAGCCAGAGAAUACCACGGUGUAUCAGGGUCACACAGCCAUCCUCCACUGUCAGGCCACUGGGGACCCAGAGCCUCACAUCCAAUGGAUGGUUAAAGACAAGGUGCUGGACACCAGCAAAAAUAGGAGGUUCCAGAAGAUGCAAAAUGGCUCUCUGGUGAUAACUGAUGUCACUACAGAUGACACAGGUAAAUACACGUGUGUGGCCGGAAACAGCUGUAGCAUCAAAGACCGCGUGGCACAGCUCUAUGUAGUGGAAAAACCACCACAGUCCCAUGAAGGUGAGGAUGAAAAGGCUCCCUAUAAGAUGAUCCAAACCAUUGGACUGUCAGUGGGUGCGGCUGUCGCCUACAUCAUCGUCGUACUGGGACUAAUGUUCUACUGCAAAAAGAGACGCAACGCCAAGAGACUGCAGAAGGGCCAAGAUGGAGAUGAGCCGGAGAUGGAAUGCCUCAAUGGAGGCGCUGUGCAGCAAAAUGGCCACACAACUGCUGAGAUUCAGGAGGAGGUGGCUCUUACGAACAUGAGUACGGUGGCAACAGCAGAGAAACGCCACAGCCAUGUCAACAAUGAUAAGCUCCAGUUUCCCCGGGCGGAUUUACACACCAUCACUACCCUGGGUAAAGGGGAGUUUGGCGAGGUGCUGCUGGCCAAGGCCAAGGGGAUUGAGGAGGGGGUGGAGGAGACGGUGGUGCUGGUGAAGAGCCUCCAGACCAGAGAUGAGCAGCUGCAGCUUGACUUCCGCCGCGAGGCCGAAAUGUUCGCCAAGCUUAACCACGUCAAUGUUGUGCGACUGCUGGGUCUGUGCAGAGAGGCAGAGCCCCACUACAUGAUCCUAGAGUACAAUGACCUGGGAGACGUAAAGCAGUUCCUCAGAAUUUCCAAGAGCAACGAUGAGAAAAUCAAGCCUCAGCCAAUCAGCACCAAGACCAAAAUCUCCAUCUGUGCCCAAGUGGCUCAUGGGAUGGAGCACCUCUCCAACCACCGCUUUGUUCACAAAGACCUCGCUACCCGAAACUGCCUGAUCAACGGGCAGCGCCACGUGAAGGUGUCCGCACUCAGCCUCAGCAAAGACGUCUAUAACAGUGAGUACUACCACUACAGACAGGCGUGGAUUCCCCUGCGCUGGCUCCCGGCGGAGUCUGUGUUUGAGGAUGACUUCUCCACCAAAUCGGAUGUGUGGGCCUUUGGAGUGCUUAUGUGGGAGGUUUUCAGCCAUGGAGAAAUGCCGUACAACAAACUCAGCGAUGACGAGGUGCUGGAAGGCCUGCAGACAGGGAAGCUGAAACUGCCUGUUCCAGACGGAUGCCCUUCCAAAGUCUACAAGCUCAUGGUCCGCUGCUGGGCACCCAGUCUCAAAGAACGACCCUCCUUCUCUGAGAUUGUCCGUGCCCUAGGAGAGCUGCCCUCUGACAGCAAAGUCUAAAAAAAAAAAAAAAAAACAAGAGACCCAUAACGUGGGGGGGGGGCACUUUAUAUUGACCCCCAUAAAAUAAAGACAAAAUGCUGGAUUAUUUAGUCUCACACAUUUCAGGGAAGCGGGUCGAGGAGGAAACACUUUUCUGUGUAUUUCAAAAUGUAAGUGUGUGGAUAAGAUGAAAAAACUUUUGCUAUACCAGUGGAAAAGCACCAGUGUCUGUGUGAAUGGCUUCUUGUGAGCAGCCCCAGGAGUUUACAUUUGCCUUAACCGCAGCAUGGAUGACCCUCCCUUCAAGUCCCCCUCUGUGGUUCCACUGUGGCCCUGCCUGCCUGCUUGUAGCCCUCUCUAAGGGCCAGUCUGUCCCAGAGACACUGUCCUCUUUGGAGCCUGAAAAUCCUCAGUGCCUCUAUCCCACCCAUUCACCUGGACCCCUGGGCUGCAACAUAGGGGUGUUUAGAUAUAGUGCUCCCAUCAGCUCAGAGCAACAGCCAAACAUUUUUUCGACGCUUAUGAAGACCCUCUGAAGUCUAGAAUUGCUGCUCUGUCACCUCCCAGAUGUGUUUUCUGACAUCAUGGAGAAAAAGUUGGGGGAAGAUGGUGGCUUUUCACAAGACUUCAUUGGACCAUUGUCAUCGUGUGUCAAGUGAGACCGUUUCAACUGAACAUCCCACCAGCUACUCCCCAACAUCCCCAACACAAUCCUGGAGGAGGUCACUAAAACAGUCUUUCCAUCAGGGGGCACUGUGUGCUGGCUGCACCAUCUGAAUCUGCACGCUCUAGCUAAGUUCCAUCUUGAAUUCACAGCCUCCACUGUGUCUAUGCCACUGAGCUGUUACUAUAGCACAUUGAUGUUCAAAGAGGCAGAUAUCAGGGUACCGGUUAAGCAACAGUUGGAGAGGAGCGUGCACAAAGGUUUGUCGUCUGUUACACUUGUGUUUUGUGACUGGGAGAGCUCUUGGAGCGUUUCGUCUGUGUUAAGGUUACACAUUAGAGGAAAAAUGAUGUGGAAAGUUCAUAGCCAUGGAAUACAUAGAGUGUAUGAGAUUCAUGCCAGUGUGAGCUUUGUAUGUGUUUAAUGUGUGUGUGCCCUGUUCUCAUAUUAACUUUUGAGGUGCUUAUUGGUCACUGCCUAAGAGUAGCAUUACCCGAUAUACCAGGUGAACAUGUUCAGAGCACCUUGAUGUCACCCUUGCAGGAAUGCUGCCUAUCACUGUUGCUAACCGGCAGCAUGGUUUCUUCAAAGGUCCAAUCGCAGAUUUUUUUUCAACACUAUGUGGGGUCCAAUUAGUUUGUGCAACAUUGCAAAGUGGACCCUCCCACCAGGCAAUUUGUAAAUAACGUAGAAGCCAUGCACUAACAUCACAUAAAAUAUCUCUCUUUCUCUAUCAUGUUGUGUAGAAGGACAUGCAGGUGCCUGUUUAUUUAUGAUGAAGGUCCUGUCUUUUUUUAUUGAGUUUAUACUAGAAAAGGUACUCUGAUCACUUAAAGUAGGUAUGCUAUGUAUUCAGUCUCGUUCCAUCCCAGUGGGCAUUCAGUGUGGUAACUUGUUGAAUAUAUGAACAGAAACUACAAGGGAGGUCAAAAACAAGUGACCAGUGGUCACUGGUAAACAUAUAAGUGCCUGGUAAAUGAAGGAUUAUCUAAACCGUUUCCCCUCUUUUUUACACUAUCUAAUCAAAUGCAAUGGCCUUUUUGUUUUUAUAAUGUUCAUAUAUUGUUUUUACUGUAAAGUUUUUGUUUUCUUAUCAAUGCUAGGCACUGACACAAGGCCUCUUUUUUUUUUUAAAUCUGCUUCAGCAAAUGUUCACAUUAAUCCCAAUUAUAUACAUGCUGCUGUCAAUAAAGGUUCAAAAGUGUUUUU